AUGGCUGCUGCCAGCACGUCGCUCUGUGAAGAUCAGUUUCUGUGCUCCAUCUGUUUGGAUGUGUUAACUGAUCCAGUCAGCACAUCGUGCGGACACAACUUCUGCAAGAAGUGCAUCACUGAACACUGGGAUAAUUGUGUUUUUUUUGACUGUCCCAACUGUAAAAAAAAAUUCUACACAAGACCUGAGCUGCAGGUCAACACUUUUGUCUCUGAGAUGGUUGCUCACUUCAGACAGUCAACCCAACAAAAAGUCAUCAGCUUAAGAAGACGAGCUCCUGAACCAGGAGAUGUUCUCUGUGACAUCUGCACGGGAACCAAACUGAAGGCCCUGAAGUCCUGCCUGGUGUGUCUUGUCUCCUACUGUGAGACUCACCUGGAGCCUCAUCUGACAGUGUCACGCCUAAAAAGACAUCAGCUGAUCAACCCUUUGGAGAACCUGGAAGGAAGGAUAUGCACAGAGCACGAUAAACAGCUGGAGCUGUUCUGUAAAACUGACCAGACGUGUGUCUGCAGUCUCUGCAUUGUUUCAGAGCACAAGUCACAUGAUGUUGUUCCUCUUAAAGAGGAAUAUGAACGAAAGUUGGCAGAUCUGUGUGAGACAGAGGCUGACAUUCAGCAGUUGAUCAGCAAGAAACAACUUAAGAUUCAAGAGUUCAAACACUCAGUCAAUGUCAGCACGAAAGCUGCAGACAGAGAGAUAGCAGAGAGUAUUCAGGUCUUCACCAAGCUGAGGGAAGCUCUAGAGAGAAACCAGGCCAAAGUCAUUGAGACGGUGGAAGAAAAGCACAGAAGGACAGAAAAACAGGCUGAAGGUUUCAUCAAAGAGCUGGAAGAGGAAAUCUCUGAGCUGAAGAAGAGGAGUGCUGAGAUGAGGCAGCUCUCACACUCAGAAGACCACCUUAACUUCCUUCAGAGCUUUAAAUCUGUGAAUGCUGUUCAGCCAACCAGAGACUGGAAAGAUGUCAAAGUCUGUCCACCUUUGUAUGAGGGGACUGUGAGGACAGCUGUUUCUCAGUUGGUAAAGAUGCUCAAAAAUGAGAUAAAGAGGCUGCUCACAGAGAUUGAUCUGAAGACAGUCCAGCAGUAUGCGGUGGACGUCACUCUGGAUCCUGAUACAGCAAAUCAGCAACUCAUCCUGUCUGAAGAUGGGAAACAAGUACAUUGUGGUCUUGUACGGAAGAAUGUCCCAGAUAACCCAAACAGAUUUUAUGCAUUUCUCUGUGUCUUAGGGAAGCAAUUUGUUUCUUCAGGAAGAUUUUACUUUGAAGUUCAGGUUAAAGGGAAGACUAAAUGGGGUUUAGGAGUUGCCAGAGAGUCAGUUGACAGAAAGGCGCUGUACAGUGUUUGCACUAAUAAUGGUUACUGGACAGUGUGGUUUAUUAAUGAAAAUGUCCACCAUUCUCUGACUGAGAACUGUAUCGUUCUCUCUCUGAAGUCAAAGCCUGAGAAGGUCGGGGUGUUUGUAGAUUAUGACGAGGGUCUGGUCUCCUUUUAUGAUGUUGAUGCUGCAGCUCUUAUUUACGCCUACACUGGCUGCUCCUUCAUGGAAAAACUCUUCCCAGUCUUCCUUCCCAGUGCAAAUCUGGAUGGUAAAAACUCUGCCUCUCUGGUUAUCUGUCCUGUCAACGCUACUUAGUAGAAUAACCGGUGGUGUUGUAGUCGUCGAUGAUGUGAGUGCACUACUUGGUAGAGGGGUAGUUUAUGAAGGGGAGCGUGGGUAUACGUUUCUGUAUAUUCCAAUGGCUUUUUGGCUGAUAGGUUAUCUUGUAAAAAGCCAGAAAAAGAGGUGCAUAUACCCUCCAUAACCACAUAAUUUUAAAGAAAGAUACUCAUCAUAACAUAAGGUAAAAUAAAUGAGAUGGAACAUCAUUAAACCCAAUGGAAAUUGUUGCAUUUUCCACUUUUUGGUGGUAACAAAUCCCAUAAUUAUGGGUGAAGGAACAUUGUUGAUUAAUUUUCCUAAACUUAUUAUUCAUCUUGAUAUUGUCUUCUUUAUUAGGGCUGCACAACAUGCAAGAAAAAACAUAACAGAAAAAUGUUGCAAUUAUUUUUGACAGAUUGCAGUACUUUUUUUUUUUUUUUUUAGUUUUUAAUGGUGAUAUUUGAAUUUAAUUUUCACUGAAUUAAAAAUAUAAAAAUGAUGACAUAUCUUUGUACCAAAUGGGCAUGUGCCCCUGUCUGGAAUAUUAUUUGUAGGCUGGCAUCACAUUGUUUUAUUUAUAAUGGUAUAUUAUGACACAUUUUUCUUUUGUCAAAAAUGUACACCUUCUGAAAUUUAGGUAUUGGACUUGGUGAUAAUGCAAUUUUGAAUUAAUCUUGACUAAUUGCACUGAUCUAUUCUUUUUUAUAUACAUCCUGUUGCUACUUUCUACUGAAACAGUGAUUUCUUAACGACCAGUUCAGGUGACAGUAAUGUUUCUUAAUGUAAGUGUGAUACCUGUCCUUGAAAAAAUAUCACCACAGGCCUAGCUUGGUUAUUUUUUGGGUUAUUUUUUAUGUUGUUUUGGGUACUUUUUAUGUAAGUUGACUUCUAUUUUUGUGUAAUUGCCUGCUCGCCCAAACAAGUGCUUUGUGUGGUUUUAUGAAAAUAAUUAAAACUGAAAUUAAACAGCAGGGGAAUUUCAUGCCUCUAGCCUGUGUUUCUUAUCAGUUGUCCAGUUAACAUCAGUUUUCACUGAAAUAAAACAGAUACUAAAAUGCUGACGUCUUGUUGUAGGUGAAAUUAUGAGCUGAUUGGUGUCCAAGGAAUAGGAACUUCUCAUUUCAACAUUUUAAAGAGUUUAUAACAUUUCAAACAACAGUCGUGCUUGUGUCAGAGCAGAAAGUAUCCACAUCUGUCUGUGCUCAUUAUUGGUAAGUUUGAAUUAUAGAAAAUGUCAAGAGUGAGAUAAAUGGGAUUAUUGCGCCUCUGUGUGGUGGAUUAAAGAAAUGAGGAAAACUAGUGACGAAGCUGUGAGAAACAGGUAUGAGUAAAGAGAUUUGAGGUUAUAAAACGUAUUGCUCUUACCUGUGUAUUUACACUACUGUAUCUUGUUUAUUUUUGCAUUUUAAUGGUGUGUUGUGUUUUGUGUAUUUA